AUGCCUUCGAGAGGAAGUUAUCCUGCCUCCACUCACAUGAUAGUGAAGGCUCAGAUCCUAUCCUGCCUGGUCGUGGUCGUACUCCACUUCUCACAUCAAGCAACAGUGCCCACCACCGUGUAUCAGUUACUCUCCUCAUCCUUGCUUGAAGGCGCCGUCACUAGCAAGAGCACUAUUAGUGAGGGACUGUGCGCCUUAAACUGCCUGAUGAACAGUCAGUGUCAAGCCUUCAACUGGGCUAUCAACACCUCCAUCAACAACUGUCAGAUGACACAGUAUAAGUUUAAUAUCACCAUCACUGCCAACCCUGACUACAACAUCUAUAUGCUCAUGACAGUACCAGUGCCAGUGGAGCAAAACAUGCCGGGAUUAUGGGGGCAGUGGACAGCUGAACUGACUUGCGAUACAGGCAGCUUUAUCUAUGGUUACACAUUAUGGUAUGCACCAUACGCGGGUGUCAACCUGGCUGUCGACGACUGUGGAGUGAGUGGAAUAAAGCUGCUGUGUAUGACUCAACAAGGAAUGCAAACUACGUCUAUCUUGUUCAACCAGAAUUACAUUCUCAAUGCUCAGCAAGCUCUCUUAAGUGAAACUAGUGUGUAUCAGGGAAGCUAUCAUCAGCUAGGUGAGUGCACAGUAACGACACAUAUUCCCACCUGCCGUAGUGUUCGACAUUGCACCAAGACGUGGGUGUCAACUGGCUGUCGAGCCGUGGGAGUGAAAGUACAGCGACCUGCAGCAACAACACCUUUGUGCAAGGAUAUCCGUGCGAGGUUCCACCUUACCACAGGAAGUGAAGAUAGGGAUGCCUUGAACCAAGUCCUCUUCCGCUGUCAGGACUCCACUCAGCUCUCCAGUUAUACCUCCAACGAUACAGGAACGUGGGGAGUGUGGACGUCGUGUGUGCCAGGCAGUGUCAUGUGUGGCGCCAGGGUCAUGUACCAGCCUGUGUCGGCACUUUCCGACAACACUUGUUUCAAUGAGAUUUUAAUGCUUUGCUGUUUUCUAUAGACGUUUCGCCCCUUGCCCUCCCAGUAGCGCUUGUCCCUUGUGAUAGUUAAUGAAUGAGACACUUAUGCGACAUUUGGGUAUAUUGAGGCAAUGUUUUGCCAGUCAGUGGUUCUUCAGUCCGACGCAGAGACAAAACGGUGAGAAUGUGGUAAUCAGUCCCUCAGCCUGGAGUCGACGUGUUGAAUCCAUCAAUCUCAUGACUGAUGGAGUGAACAAUCUUGAAAAGAUUGAUGGACUGAUUAUAUCGACUCCAGGCUGGGGGACUGAUUACCUCAAACUCCUUCUGAUCGUCACCAUCCUUCUUUGCUAAGGACUGAGAAAACAACUGCGUGGCGAAACGUUUCCUCAGUAAAGAUUCCCAAGUGCUGCGCAUGUGUCUAAUUCAUUGUCCAUACUCGCCUAGCCCCUCCUUCCCCACCAAUUCUUGAUGAAUAAGACGCAGUUCAACAUCUGGGAAUCAGUCUAAAUAAAUCCCUAGUGGACGGAAUGUCUCUCAGUAAAGACAGACGUCGUACUCGUCAGUUAGACGGUAUGAUGUAUCUUCGGUGAAAUGAGAGCAUGUCUAGCCUCGUAACCAUGACUGCAACAACGCAAACUGUAAAUAUCAUUCGUGAGUAACUUUAUCCAGGUUACAGAGAGGAGUAUGUUCCAGUUAUAUUUUUGUGUACAUCUUAAUUCUUUUAAAGAGACAGGUAAGCAAACACUAGGGGAUAUUUGCUGGAAAACUUUUCGGUCCUGGGACCUUGAUCAAAGUCCCAGGACCGAAACGUUUU